UCAUCAUUCAUUCAAGAAAUCAAAAUGUCUACCGAAAUGCUUUUUGAGUAGCUGUAUGAAAACAUUUGAUUUUUAUGCAUAAUAAUUCCUAAAAACGAAUACAAGGUACUCCAUAUUCAUGAAUAAUGGACAAAAUACCCAGGACUCACGAAGCUAUUGAAGCUCAAAUAAGAGAAAUUCAAUCAAAGAAAAAUGAACUACCAGAAAAUGGAUCCGGCAAGGGCGUGUCUCUUGGGGAGACUUAUGAUAGUGAUAUUUAUGACGCCCAAGGAGGGAAAUCAAGAUAUGAUGGUUAUGUGACUUCUAUCGCUGCAAAUGAUGAGGUGGAAGAUGAAGAUGUUGAAAAUGUCCCGAUCACUCAAAAAAGAUCUGGAUACACUGCUCCAGCAUCUAUACUAAAUGAUAUUGCUCAGAGUGACAAAGAUUAUGAUCCAUUUGCGGACAAAAGAAGACCUACGAUUGCUGAUAGGGAAGAUGAGUACCGUCAAAAGAGGCGUAGGAUGAUUAUAUCACCAGAACGUAUUGAUCCUUUUGCAGAAGGUGGAAAAACACCAGAUGUAGGGUCUAGAACAUAUACAGAGAUUAUGAAAGAGCAAUAUCUCCGUGCUGAAGAAACUGAGCUUAGAAAAAAACUAUUAGAAAGAGCCAGAGAAGGUACUCUCAAACCUGUUGCUCAAUCCAAUGGAGAGGCCACAAAAGCUGCCGCCAAACGAAAAGGCCGUUGGGAUCAGAGUACUGAGGAUACCCCAUCUGUCAAGAAAGCUCAAGUUUCAGCUACACCCAAUUCACAGGCCACACCAUCAUGGGAUACAGAGAGGGGAGCAUGGGAAGAAACUCCUGGUGGUGGUGGGCGUGGUGGCGAAACACCUGGCGCCACGCCGUCCGCCCGAGUCUGGGACGCCACUCCGGGACAUAUUACACCGGGACACGCCACGCCAGGCAGGGAAACGCCCGCGCAGCACACCUCCCGGCGUAACCGCUGGGAUGAAACACCAAAGACAGAUAGAGAAACCCCCGGCCACAACAGCGGGUGGGCCGAGACUCCUCGCACGGACCGCGGCACCGGCGUCGACACCAUCCAAGAGACGCCGACCCCGGGCACCAAGCGGCGCUCGCGCUGGGACGAGACGCCCGGCGCCACGCCCGCCGCCGCCACGCCUACUCCGUCGCACGCCACGCCAUCGCACGCCACGCCAUCGCACGCCACGCCGUCGCAUGCCACGCCCACGCCGCAUACGCCGGUCUUUACGCCUGGAGGGUCAACCCCAGUGGGAGUGAAGGCCAUGGCGCUGGCCACGCCCACGCCGGGCCACGUGGCCGCCAUGACGCCGGAGCAGCUGCAGGCCUACCGCUGGGAGAAGGAGAUCGACGAGCGGAACAGGCCCUACACCGACGAAGAACUCGACGCCAUGUUCCCACCUGGGUACAAGGUUUUACCCCCUCCGGCCGGUUAUGUUCCGAUUCGGACGCCGGCUCGUAAGCUGACCGCGACGCCUACGCCUCUGGCGGGUACCCCAAUCGGCUUUUUCAUGCAGACGGAGGAAGUGGGGGGCUCCGCCGCGGCCGCCGCGCGCCUGCUCGACCCGCAGCCCAAGGGUAGCCAGCAGCUGCCCUUCAUGAAGCCCGAAGACGCGCAGUACUUUGACAAACUGCUCAUCGACGUCGAUGAGGACACGCUGUCCCCCGAAGAACUGAAGGAGCGGAAGAUUAUGAAGCUGUUGCUCAAAAUUAAGAACGGCACACCGCCCAUGUGCAAAGCCGCGUUACGUCAGAUCACAGACAAAGCUCGAGAGUUCGGGGCAGGCCCGUUGUUCAAUCAGAUCUUGCCUCUGCUGAUGAGUCCCACGCUCGAAGAUCAGGAACGUCAUUUAUUAGUGAAAGUCAUUGACAGGAUUCUAUACAAAUUAGACGAUUUAGUUCGUCCUUACGUCCACAAAAUUUUGGUCGUAAUUGAACCUCUUCUGAUUGAUGAAGAUUACUACGCCCGUGUGGAAGGUCGUGAGAUCAUUUCGAACUUGGCAAAGGCUGCUGGUUUGGCCACCAUGAUUUCGACAAUGAGACCCGAUAUUGACAACAUUGAUGAGUACGUACGAAACACAACGGCUAGGGCUUUCGCCGUAGUAGCGUCUGCUUUAGGUAUUCCAUCUUUGCUACCCUUCUUGAAGGCUGUGUGCAGAUCCAAAAAAUCGUGGCAGGCUCGUCACACUGGAAUUAAGAUCGUGCAACAAAUCGCCAUCCUUAUGGGUUGCGCCAUUUUGCCGCAUCUCAAGUCAUUGGUGGAAAUUAUUGAGCAUGGUUUGGUUGACGAGCAGCAAAAAGUGCGUACGAUUACUGCUUUAGCCAGCGCCGCUCUCGCCGAGGCCGCCACCCCGUACGGUAUCGAGUCGUUCGAUUCAGUGCUCAAACCCCUAUGGAAGGGUAUCAGAACUCACCGAGGCAAAGGUCUCGCUGCUUUCCUGAAAGCUAUCGGAUACCUCAUCCCUCUUAUGGACGCCGAGUACGCAAAUUAUUACACUCGUGAAGUAAUGUUGAUUCUCAUUCGUGAGUUCCAGUCGCCUGAUGAGGAAAUGAAGAAGAUUGUAUUGAAAGUAGUGAAACAGUGUUGCGGUACUGAUGGUGUGGAACCGCAGUAUAUUAUGGACGAAAUUUUGCCACACUUCUUCAAACACUUUUGGAACCAUCGGAUGGCGCUGGACAGGCGUAAUUACCGCCAACUCGUCGACACUACGGUGGAGAUUGCAAACAAAGUUGGUGCCUCUGAAAUCAUAAACAGAAUUGUUGACGACUUAAAAGAUGACAAUGAACAGUACAGGAAAAUGGUAAUGGAAUCUAUUGAGAAGAUCCUUGCAAACCUGGGUGCUGCUGACAUCGACUCCAAGCUGGAAGAGGCUUUAAUUGACGGUAUCCUUUAUGCAUUCCAAGAACAGACUACAGAAGAUGUCGUAAUGCUGAACGGCUUUGGCACUAUUGUCAACCAACUGGGCAAGCGUGUUAAGCCAUACUUGCCCCAAAUAUGCGGUAUCAUUCUGUGGCGAAUGAACAACAAGUCCGCUAAAGUGCGACAACAGGCCGCCGAUCUCAUCUCCAGAAUAGCGGUCGUUAUGAAAACGUGUCAAGAGGAAAAACUUAUGGGUCAUUUGGGUGUGGUGCUAUACGAGUAUUUGGGAGAAGAAUACCCUGAGGUGCUUGGAUCCAUCUUGGGAGCAUUGAAAGCUAUUGUAAACGUUAUCGGUAUGACUAAAAUGACUCCUCCUAUUAAGGAUCUGCUACCCAGGCUUACGCCCAUUUUAAAGAAUCGACAUGAAAAAGUACAAGAGAACUGCAUCGAUUUAGUUGGGCGAAUAGCAGAUAGAGGGCCCGAAUUCGUCUCCGCUCGAGAAUGGAUGAGAAUCUGUUUCGAGCUAUUGGAGCUGCUGAAAGCCCAUAAGAAAGCAAUUAGAAGAGCGACCGUCAACACGUUUGGUUAUAUUGCUAAAGCUAUCGGUCCCCACGAUGUGCUGGCCACACUUUUGAAUAAUUUGAAGGUCCAAGAAAGACAAAACAGAGUAUGUACCACUGUGGCUAUAGCUAUCGUCGCGGAAACGUGUUCGCCGUUCACAGUCCUGCCUGCUUUGAUGAAUGAAUACAGAGUUCCAGAAUUGAACGUUCAAAACGGAGUUUUGAAAUCUUUAUCCUUCUUAUUUGAGUACAUCGGCGAAAUGGGCAAGGACUACAUUUAUGCUGUCUGUCCAUUACUUGAAGAUGCUCUUAUGGACAGGGAUCUAGUUCAUCGGCAAACCGCGUGCGCCGCCAUAAAGCACAUGGCGCUAGGUGUGUACGGUUUCGGCUGCGAAGAUGCGUUGGUGCAUCUACUCAACCACGUGUGGCCCAACAUCUUCGAGACGUCGCCGCAUCUCGUGCAGGCCUUUAUGGACGCCGUGGAGGGCAUGCGGGUGGCCCUCGGACCUAUCAAGAUACUGCAAUAUGCUUUACAGGGUUUGUUCCAUCCUGCAAGAAAGGUUCGCGACGUUUAUUGGAAAAUCUACAACACCCUAUAUAUCGGAGGACAAGACGCAUUAGUCGCGGGCUACCCCCGGAUACAAAACGAUCCCAAUAACCAUUUCCUAAGAUACGAACUAGACUACUUGUUGUAAAACGUAUUAUUUGUAACGCGUUAAGCCCGACUAUCUUGUUUGAUUUCAUAGUAAGAUUAUAAUAAUAUUAAAUAAAAUAAAACUAAGUAUAGCGAUGUCAAUGUUAUGCGUUAUUAUAACACAUAGACGGUUAGUCAAAGACAAUGGAAUGAUUUUUCCUAAUUCAAUAUAAAU